CCCAAACGCUUCCUUGUCUGUGAACAACUAGAGCUGAUCAAACUUGUCGUCAAGACGGUGUCGGUCCGCCGGAGAAGUGGGGCAGUCCUCGGACUUUUUGUAUAUUUCUCCCGCGUAUUAUUGUUUCAACGAUCCACAACCGAACCGUCAGAGGACCGAUCAAGAGAAGACGAAGAUAAAGAAAGAUGCCGCUUCUCCACAGAAAGCCUUUCGUCAGACAGAAGCCCCCAGCGGACCUAAAACCAGAUGAAGAAGUAUUCCUUUGCAAAGUCACGCAUGAAAUCUUCAGGACUUAUGAUGAGUUCUUUGAGAGGACCAUCUUGUGUAACAGCCUAGUGUGGAGCUGUGCGGUGACAGGCAAACCUGGCCUGACCUACCUGGAAGCACUGGAGAGUGAGAAGAGGGGCCGUCGUAGCCUGCAGAGCUUCCCCUCAUCCCUGGUGGUCCCCUUGCUGCACCUCACAGCCCUCACAUACCGUACCCGGCUCCACGAGAUCUGUGAUGAUGUGUAUUCUUAUGCCAGGGAGAGGUUUUUUCCUGGGGAGAUCGUGGAUGUUGUGAACCGCUCCGGUACCAGGCAGCCGUGUGAAAUCCUGGAUGUUCAGUCUCCCCACCAUUCCAACAAGCCGGUCAAUGGGCAUGCCAAACUUCAGAUGGACGGGGACUCCAUAGUCAUCAGUGACAGUGACGAGGAUAUCCCCAAAUCAAAGGCCAAUGGGAAGAAGAAGAAAUCUGUCAACCCUUCUGUGUUCAAGUACAAAGUGCAGCCCAUCAAGGAAGGCAGUGAGGCCAUAUUCACAAAGGCUGGUCAGAUGAGCCGUAAGAAGAACACGUUUUCACGGGACAGAUUAAAGUUGCUGCUCAAACAGCACUGUGAACCACAGAAUGGAGUCAUCAUGCUCAAGGCAUCAACUGUUUCUAAGUACAAGUUGGCAGAACAGCACUUCUCCCAGUUCUUCCCUGACGAGCCCCCUGUGUUUGUCUUUAGUCCCCCUCCUAAAGGGCGGGGCAAACCCAAGAAUGUUUCUUCUCCUAGAGAGAUGGAAUACAACUUACUGAAAGCAGCAGAGAAGCUUCGUCUGAUGCAGCAGAAAGAGGAGAUGAUGGCUACGGCACAUGAAAAGGCCAAGCUGAAGAGGGAGAAAGAAGAUAAUCUGGAAGCCAAAAAGAAAGAGAAGGAGGACAAAGAAAAGAAGAGAGAAGAGAUGAAGAAGAUGUUUGAAGAGGAGAAGCAGAGGAGGAAAGUAGAGAAGGAAAAAGAGAGGGAGAAGCUGAAGGAGGAAAAGAAGCAAUAUGCAGAGCGACUGAAGAUAUGGAGCAAACCCAGAGAAGACUUGGAGUGUGAGGACCUGAAGAAUCUCCCAGCCCCAGUCCCAGUGAAGACCCGUCUGCAUGCAGGGCUAUUUGGAGACGCCCUCAUGGUACUGGAAUUCCUCAAAGCUUUCGGAGAGCUCUUUGACCUGAAGGAUGAGUUUCCAGAAGGCAUCACACUCGAGGUGCUGGAGGAGGCCCUGGUAGGGUCGGACCCUGAGGGGCCGCUGUGUGAGCUGCUCUUCUUCUUCCUGUCGGCCAUAUUCCAGGCCCUGGCUGAGGAGCAGGAGGAGGUGGCCCGCGACCAGGUGGCGGAGGCGGACGCCAAAGAUCUGAGUGAGGCCCUGGAUGAUGAUGCGGACCCCACCCAGUCAGCCAUCAGUGCUGUGGCUUCUCUGGCUGCUGCCUGGCCUCAGCUGCACCAAGGCUGCAGUCUGAAGCAGUUGGACCUGGACAGCUGUACUCUGUCCGAGAUACUGAGGCUGCACAUCCUGGCAUCGGGGGCCGACUGUAACUCCGCAAACUCCAAGUUCCGCUACCAGAAACAGGGAGGCUUCGGCUCUACAGACGACCCCUGUGUUGAGCUGAGACUGGCCAACCCGGCUCUGAUCAAGAGGCUUUCCUGCACUGCUGUCUAUGACCUGCUGCCAGGUGAGAAGCUGAAGAUCCUCCAUGCGUUGUGUGGUAAGCUGCUGACUCUGGUGUCUACCAGGGACUUCAUAGAGGACAGCGCUGACGAGCAGAGACAGGCCAAGCAGGAGCUCAGGGAACUGAAGGCUGAGCAGCACCGCAGAGAGAGGGAGGAGGCUGCCUUCAGAGUCCGCAAGAGGAAGGAGGAGAAGUUGAAAGAACAGGAGAUGAAACUGAAAGAGCUAAAAGAGAAACAUGAGAAGCUGAUGGAAGACGAAGGAAGAAAUGGCUACAUGAAGACGGAAGAGAUGAACACCAGCACCGAGAGCCAUGGGGAAGAGAAGACCGAGAAUGAAGAGGAGCAGACAACCAACAGCAAGACUAAUAAGCAGAAAGAGUGCAAUCCCAAGGAGAAGCAGCCUAAAGACGAGCCUAAAGACGAGCCUAAAGAGGUGAGCCCAGGCCUGAGCCCAGAGGAGCUUGCUCAGCAGCAGCAGAGGGAGAAGGAGCUCCAGGAGAGGAUUCAGAAGGCUGCAGCCUGCACCUAUAUCCUCCCCCUGGGGCGCGACCGUCUCUACCGCCGCUACUGGCUCUUCCCCUCCACACCAGCCCUCUUCGUGGAGGACGACUACUUCGGCCUGACGGAGGACAUGCUGGAACCCCAGGAACCGACCCAGGAGCCAGCCGAGGGGAUGGAGGUGUCUCUGAACGAGGCCAGAGAACCAGAGGACCUUUCCCAGACAGGCUGUACUCCAGGCCCUGUCUCCAAACCUGUCCUCCCAGCCCCCGUCCAGAGCAGCUCUGCUCCCCCAGUGAACCGUCCUAACCACUGGGCCUUCUACAGCAGUCCCCAGGAGGUGGAAAUGCUGAUUGAGGCCCUGAACCCACGGGGCCACAGGGAGAGCAGCUUGAAGGAGGCCCUGGUGCAGGAGAAAGAACGUAUUGUGCAGCUCCUCGGUACCGCUGCAGCAGCUGAUCGCUACCACCGCACAGAUAUUAAAGCAGAGGCUACUGGUAGCAAAGUGGUCUCGGCCAGAUCCAAGGCUGCCCCUGCUCUACUAGAAGGCACAGCGGCUCCUGCUGAGAAGUUCAUGGGCAACAGGCUGAGAGACCUGCUGCUAGAUAUAGAGGACCGCAUCUACCAGGGUACACUGGGCCAAAUCAAGGUGAUGGAGAGGAGUGAAUGGAGGAAAGCACUGGAGGAAGGACACUAUGAACUACUGAGCCCCGAGUUGAAGGAGAAUGGUUUUGGGAAAGGAGAGAACAGUGACGUGGAGAAAAUGGAAAUAAAUGUUAACUUGAAAAAAGACGGUUUACAGGUGUCAUUGUUCAGGGUACAGGAGCUAAAGGGGGAGAGUAUGAAUGCUGCCUCCAGCCCCAGCACCCCUCAGCUGGUGAACAACACAGUCCACUACCUGGCUCAGGCCCUGGUCCACAUCCAACAGGGCAUCGAGAGGAAGUUCCUCAAGGCUCCACUGGGAGAUGAAGACUCUAAAAAGGACCAGAAGGCAAAGAAGAGAGACAAGAAGAAAGAUGAGGAUCAAAACAGUGAAGGAGGUAGUGACAGUGGUCGGGUGGUGAAGACGGUCCAGGAGCGUUGGAGGGAGUCUCUGCUGGGCUGUUCCAGCCUCUCUCAGGUCUUCCUCCACCUCUCCACCCUGGAGCGCAGUGUCAUCUGGGCCAAGUCUCUGCUCAAUGCCCGUUGUAAGGUCUGUCGCAGGAAGGGAGAUGCAGAGAACAUGCUGCUGUGUGACAGUUGCGACAGAGGACACCACAUCCACUGUGUCCGCCCCAAACUCAAGGCUGUCCCAGAAGGGGACUGGUUCUGCCCGGAGUGCCGUCCCAAACGGCGAGCCAACCGCCUCACCUCCCGCCAACGCUCCUCUGUCGACUCUGAGGAAGAAGUGGAGGAAGAGGAGGAGUCAGAGGAUGAAGUGGAAGAAGAAUCAGAGGAAGAGGAAUCGGAGGAGGAGUCCGAGGAAGAAGAGAAGAGUGUCACUAAAAAGGGCCGGACUCCUGUGAAACCUCCUGUGCCUACUACCAAAGGCAGUCGGUCAAAUAGCAAGACCACCAGCAGCUCAAGUCAUUCCACUCCCCGGAGCCAGCACACUACCCCCAAACAGGCCCUCUCGGCCGGGAAGGGAGCCUCCGCCAAGUCCUCAGGGAAGAAGCCCACCCCAGUCUCCAACAAGCCCACCCCAGUCUCCAACGGCAGACGCCCUCCACGGCCAGGCAGCAGAGUCAGCUCUCGGCUCAGUCACGAGAUACUGGCCUCCAGCGGAACCUCCAGCAGGACAAGCAACCAGUCUACUCCAUCUCCCUCUCAGGCAGACUCCCGUAGAAGACCCAUCUCCGCAGAGGUCUCCCCUAAGCCAAAGCUGGUCCUGACUCCCUCGGUCUCAGGUUCUUCGUCCAGUCGCCGCAGCUCAGGGAGGAACCUGGGAGUCCAUGAACUGUCUGCCUGUGAGCACCUGACCGUAGAGCUUGUCAGACAUGAAGACAGCUGGCCCUUCAUGAAGCUGGUGUCCAGGAUACAGGUUCCAGACUACUUCGACAUUAUCAAAAGACCCAUAGCUCUGAGCACUAUCAGAGAAAAGGUCAACAACUGUGAAUAUAAAACAGCUACGGAGUACAUUGAGGACGUGGAGCUCAUGUUUGCCAACUGUUUACAAUAUAACCCUCGGCACACGAAUGAAGCUAAAGCAGGAGCAAGGCUCCAAGCUUUCUUCAACUCAGAAGUCUCUAAUCUGGGGCUGGCAGACCGGACCACUCCUCCACAGAAGCGGCCCCGGAUGUAAAGCUGACUGACUGAAACUACUGGGUUGUAUUCAUGCACACCGUUGCAAGCGUUUCAUUGGUUUUGCCACAAAAACAAAGUUUGUUAUUGGAGACUUCUUUUUUUUCUCAAACCUUUAUUUUAUCAGGGAGUCAUGCUGAGACCAAGGUCUCUUACAGAUGAGCCCUGAAUGACAGAAAAUACACACAUCAAUAUAAAUACAUGGUCAUAAUUCAGGUAGUCCCUCCGUUUCGUUCUGUUUUCUUCCAUUUUGUUUCUAGUGAAUAUGACCGUGCAUUGUAAAGUCUGAACAUUCCCAAACCAUUUUGGAAGUGUAAAUAUCAUACCCUCUCAAGAUAAGGCAGGAACAACUAUAUCGCUGUGAAAGUAUUUGCACUGAAUAUUUCAAAACAAAGCCUUUAUCUUCGUAUUCACUCAGGGUAAACAAAUUGACGUUUGAAACUAGGUUUCAACAGUGCAUUUAUAUUUUGUAUAUUGGCAGCAUUCCUAGACUACUAUUUUUGUGCACAUACUUUUUUGUAUGUGACUACUUCAGUUGAUUUAGGCGAAUUAAGUAUUGAAACUUAAUAUGGACAGUUUAAUUUUAGUUUCCUAAUAUUGAACAUAUUUUACAUCAACUGUUUCAGGUUCCCAUCUUUCAGUGAAACACUACACUGGAAACUGAUAUUAUUUCUUAUGUCCCUUAUUUCCUAUCAUUCGUUGGUUAUUUAUUUAGUUUUGAAUGCAAUAACUUUAUUUAUAAUAUUUCUAUAGAACAUGUUUUUGUAAAGAAUUAUUGGCCUAGUUUUGAGUUCAGUCUUUAGAAACUGUUUGGGAUAGGGUCUAAAUACUGAGUGUUGUCCCCCUAACUGUCACCUCUGCUUUGUAUUUGCUAUCGUGUAUAUUUUCCUAUAUAUAAAAAUAAAUUCACUUUGUUUAAUA